AUGGAGGUGUCAGAUCCGGAGGCGGAACGGCGUAGGGAGCGGGAGUUGCGCGACAAGGCGAAGCGCGUGAUGCGCGAGCGUUCGGGUGGCCGCGAGGCCAGAGAAGAACGUGGCGGAGCUCGCGACCAUGGCGGGCGUGAGGGGGAUUGGGGUCCUCCUCCCCCGUGGUGGAUCCAGCAGCAGGAGCGCAAGAAGAAAAAGAAGGUUCAGCAGCGGCGACGCGAGCUUGAGAGGAAGCAUGAGACGCAUCCCAACUGUGGUGGGGGCCACGGGGACCCAAUGGCCAAGAAGCCGCGUGCAGAUCCACUGGCGGUGGUGCUUCCCUCUGCAUCUAAGGGUACGGCGGAGGAACCCAUCCCAGUGGAGGAGGCACCGGACGUGGAGUGCUUCAAGUGUGGGCGCCUCGGCCACUUCCAAUCCAAGUGCAAGUUCUUGCCCCUUUGUGUGCUCUGCAAGGAAGAAGGGCACGCGUCCGCUCACUGUCCGACGAGGGGCUGGCAGCUUCACCUUCAUAUCAUGGGAAGUGCCAUAUCUGGGGAAGGAUUUUUCUGCCUAGAGUUCGAGGACGCGGACGAGACCGAAGCCCCCAUCGAUGCUCGCAUCAAGAACGCGGUCAUCCUAUCUGCGGAGCCGGGGAAGCUUAAUCUUCGGAUUCUCAAACAAGAACUGAAGCACAUGGUGACAGGCGAUUGGGAUUGGCAGGUAACACAAGUGGGCGAUGACGAUUUCGUGGUGGUCUUCCCUUCUGCAGAUCUGUUACAUAUGGCGAAGUCAAGUGGUAAGUUGUUUCUGUCCAUCAAUGACAUUACUGCGCGUGUGCGUGACAUGCUACACGAGGAGGUCCAGCCCAUGGCGAUGCCGGAGACUUGGGUGCGGCUCCAUGGCAUUCCAAAGAAGCAUAGGCGUGAAGACCGCAUCAGGGAGGGGUUCCGGAUGCUGGGCCGGCCAAUUGUGGUUGAUGAACUAUCUCUGAUCAGGUUGGGGCCUGUUCGGAUGAAGCUUGCUUGCAAAACCCCGGAGAAGCUGAAUGGUGUCGUCGAGGUGUGGUUCAACCACGAGGGAUAUCAAAUCAAGGUGGAGCGCGAGACCUUGCCCAAAAGGGGUGGUGAGCGGGCCGUGUUGGGAGCCGGCCCUUCCAAUCCUCCUGCCAAGGACGCGAAUCCGACGCUCGGACGCUGGACAAUGACAAACAUGGCAGGGCUGAACCAGGCAUUGAGCCGCACGGGCGCGAGGGCGGCCCUACUGGUGCGGUGA